AUGAAGGCGCGGCGGUUCUUGAAUGUGGUGAUGCGGAGAUCCAGCAGUGGCAGCCUGUACACGGUGAGCCGCAUCAAGCCCGGGGAGCAUCUCUUCUACCCAUCCACGGCGGAAGCACGGGCGCCAGCAGCAGCGCAACCCACGGAGGAGAAUACGCCGCCGCCAUCACCAGCGGUUGCUCCGAAGAUGCCACCGCCCAGGCUCAAAUUCGAAGCGUACCGCGUAGACGGCCCAAGGCUCGACUUUUUGCCCUUCUACGGACGAGGCGGCGGCGGCGAUGGUAAGAUCCUCUCCAUGGACUCGGCAGGCAACACCGUCCUCUGCGACGCCGGCAGCUGCUCCGUCCAGCCCGUUGCCGGCCUCAACGAACCCAAGGGUGACAGCCCCGUCUCCUUCUCCAUCGCUCAUGCGGAGACCUCCGGUCAGGCCUUGUACGUCAUGGACAGGUUCCCGGCUCCCCACAAUGCUUUCAACUUCGAAGCCCUCAUCUACGGCAAGAAAUGCUGGGAGUGGCACCGGCUCCCGCCGCCGCCCUACGUCAACGACGCAGCCUAUGAGUGCACGGCCAUCCAGUCCUACAUGCUGCUGGGUGAUGGCUCGACUAUCUGCGUGUCCUCCGCUGGGCUCAUCGGCACCUACUGCUUCGACACCGUUAGCUGCACCUUGGAAAAGGCUGGCCGCUGGACCCUGCCAUUCCAUGGACGGGCUGAGCAUGUCCCUGAGCUUCGCAACCUCUGGUUCGGCAUGGCCGGCAACAACGCCAACAGCUUGUGCGCAUUGGACCUCUCCAACCUUGGCAGGGCUCCCAACUUGCUGCAUAACUGGCAAAUCCUUGACAAUCCCGAUGGAUGGGUGCAGAUAAGCCGUAGCCUGCUGUACCUUGGAGCCGGCAGGUUUUGCAUCUUCGGAAAAUUUGACACCGGGGAGCAAGAUGCCCAGGGCAAUCCCAGCAACAGGGCGGCUGUGCUCACUGGUGUGGAGGUGGUCCACGGAGGAUCAUCUGAACUAGAAAUGAUCAAGCACAAGUCCUUUGUCAGCUAUGCCGGCAUCCAGUGUGUUCUUUAA